AUGGCCGGGCCGGACAGAGCCGAGCGGGGCCGGGCCGAGCCGAGCGGGGCCGGGCCGAGCCGAGCCGAGCCGAGCCGAGCCGAGCCGGAGAAAACCGAGCCAAGCCGAGCCAAGCCGAGCAGGGCAGAGGGGAGCCCGGCCCAGCCGAAAGCGAACUCUAGUCAAGGGGAACCGGCGGCGUCCGUGGCGCAGACGCCUAGCUGGCGCGAAUCCUGUCCCAGCCGGUCCCAAACAGUUCCUCCGCCUGUAUCUCGGGACCUCGAGACCCUGAACUCACCAUUCGCAGGCCUGUCGAUGUCCGGGUCCCGGCGGCACCAGACCGUGACGGUCACAGCUCCACGAAGGCGGGGCACUCCGGCCAGCUGUCCAAUCAAAUCCCUGAGGGGGCGGGGCGAGAAACCCAGAUCCCGCGAUGGAGCCAAUCCGCGCGUGCUCACUGGACAGCGCAUCACGCCUUCGCUCCGGCGCUCAGGCUCCGCCCCCUAG